AGCUGGUGAUCACGACAAUGCUUGCUUCCAAGUUACUUGCCAUUUCUGGUAUAUGGGGUUCGAUAGCAGCCAUGGCAGCACGGGCAACUUAUGAAGCAACAUCAUUACCUUACGGAACCUGGGCACCAAUGUUUUAUGGAUUCCUUGUUGUUGUCGCUCUGUGCAUCUCUGUCCUGUUCUUGUGGAUACUGACUCUUCGUCCAUCUCCUCAGCAGGGAGUUCUGUCGGUCCUGCAUCAACUUUACUAUUCUGGUACUUCUUACAUCAGAGGAAAGUAUCACCUCCAAAAACAUAAGGCAGGAUGGAUAAACCCACGGUGUGUGCAAGGAGAUUUUCUCAUGAGAGUUCUAAAGGAGAAUGGGGACACCGACUACGGAAGGAACUUUAAGCUGAAGAACAUCCGGAACGUAGAAGAAUUCCGCAAAAGUCAUCCGUUGACGACCUAUGAAGAUUACAAACCCUUUAUUGAGCGCGUGAUGGCAGGAGAGCGUGGUGUUAUGACCCAGGCAAUACCAGACGCGUUUAUUCAAACUUCCGGAACGACUGGUCCCUCAAAGUAUUUCCCACAGAGAAAUCACAAGUAUGUCUUAACAAUCGCACUCGAUAUUCUUUUCGCCAAUAUUCAUAACAUCUGCCCACGCCUCGGACUCCUUCAGAAAAGGUUAUUCCAAUAUGUCCAUCCUGUCAUUUCUAGAGCUAAAAGUGGAGGGAGUAUCAGGUCUGCCUUGUCAUUUUACGAGGAUGAUGGCCUCGUUGCAUCAUGCUAUUCGACACCACCCUUAGGCUUUCGAAUCCAGUCCUUUCAAACAGCGAAUUACAUUCAUCUUCUGUUUGCCCUCCUUGAUCCGAAUCUUGGAGCACUCGGUGGCGGCUUUAUAGGUAGCCUCGCCUCUAUGAUGAAUCAGUUGGAGCAAUGUUGGGAGGACAUUGUUUGUGAUAUCGAGCGUGGAACAAUUAAUGAGAAGGUGAAGUUUGAUGAUGAUGGCAUCAGAUCGUCUCUGGAGCAGGCUCUUGGCAACGGUCAUCCGGAGAGGGCGGGCGAGCUUAGACGUCAGUUCAAACAAGGGUUCGAUGGCAUAAUGAGGAGAUUGUGGCCGAAUCUUGAGCUCAUAUACGGAGUAGAUAACACUGGAAUUUGGCCGGAUCUUAAGAAAAAAUAUGCUUCAGGCUUGCAAUUAGUGAAUCUUGGAUACGGAAGUUCAGAGGGGAUGUUUCUCGCAUGUUCUCCUUGGUAUCAUGAGGAUAACCGUAGUAUGGUAUUCUGGCCAAGCUUGGCCUUCUUCGAGUUCAUCAGACUAGAAGACUCGUGA